AUGGAAAAUAUAGCAAAAAUCUUUUCAAUGAUAGAUAAAUUGGAAGAGAAACUAGGAAUUAACGAAGAAAUAAAACAGAAUUUUAUUGACUUAAAGAAUGAAAUAAAUCUACAAAACUCAAGGAUGGAAAAAAAAUAUACAUUUAUUUUUUCAUUAAAUGGAGAUAAUGAAGCAAUAUUUGAUAAUGUAAACAUAUGUAAAAUUCUUUAUUAUUUCGCAUUGUUUUUUAAUUUUUUUCAAUUUUUUAGAGAAGUAGUUUCAAAAAGUCCCUCCCUUCUUGACAGGUUAACUAAAAGUAAAGAAAAGAAAAAAAACAUUACUUUAAAUUUUGUCUCUAAAGAAAAAACUCAUCUCUCUGCUUUUAAUCAAUUUUUUUCCAAAGACCCUGAAAAACUAGAAUUAAAAACUGACUAUAGAUUAAAUUUUGAUAAAGCAAAUAAAAAUAAUAAAUCUGUUGUAGUAUUCUCAAUAGCUGUGUCAAGUAAAAGUACUCAAUUUGAUCAAUAUAAAGAUGAAAUAGAAGAACUUCAAAAAAACUAUGAUCAUGUAAUUCUUUUUAUUUGUUUGGCUUCAGAACAAUUCUCUCCAUUUAUUUUUAAAGAAUUUAAUGGUAUUCAAAUAAAUUUUACACUAAACUUUUCAAUUAUACAUGAUAAUUAUUAUAAUCAAAAAUCAUUAAAAUCAUUUUAUAAUGAAAUUAGUGAAAUUCUAUUAAAUAAAUAA